AAAAGGCUGUGAGGGCGGACUGCAGCUUCCUGUUGUGGCUUUGUCUCUUUUGCAAAACUUUCAGACUUUUUACACAAACUCAAAGUGUGGGGCCCAGGGUGAUGUCGUCUGCUCCGGCUCUGCUCAUCUGAAAAACACAGCUGUUUGUACCUCCUCUGGACCACCUCCUCUGGACCACCUCCUCUGGCACCACCUCCUCUGGCACCACCUCCUCUGGCACCACCUCCUCUGGCACCACCUCCUCUGGCACCACCUCCUCUGGCACCAUGUCCAUCGACCCCGCGGCCGAGCUGCCCUUCUUCUACGGCAGCAUCAGUCGCUUUGAUGCGGAGCAGCACCUGAAGUUAGCCGGGAUGAGCGACGGUCUGUUCCUCCUACGUCAGUGUCUGCGCAGUCUGGGCGGCUACGUCCUGUCUCUGGUGUGGAAUCUGAGCUUCCACCACUACCCCAUCGAGAAGCAGCUCAAUGGGACCUAUUGCAUUGUGGGAGGUAAGGCGCACUGUGGUCCUGCAGAGCUGUGUGAGUUUUACAGUAAAGAUCCAGAUGGUCUGGUGUGUACCCUGAAGAAGCCCUGCCUGCGCCCCCCCGAGACCCCCAUCAAACUGGGGGUGUUCGACAGUCUCCGUGACAACAUGCUCCGCGAGUACGUGAGGCAGACCUGGAACCUGGAGGGCGAGGAGAUGGAGCAGGCCAUUAUCAGUCAGGCCCCAAACCUGGAGAGACUCAUCGCCACCACGGCCCACGAGAGGAUGUCCUGGUACCACGGCAAGAUCACCAGACAGGAGGGAGAGAGGAGGCUGUACUCCGGAGCGCAGCCUGAUGGGAAAUUUCUAGUAAGAGACAGGGAAGAGGUCGGGACAUUUGCACUUUCGAUGAUGUAUGGGAAAACUGUGUACCACUAUCAGGUCCUGGAGGAUAAAUCUGGGAAGUACUCAAUGCCAGAGGGAACCAAGUUUGACACCAUCUGGCAGCUGGUUGAAUAUUUGAAAUUGAAACCCGAUGGCCUGGUAACUUGUUUGGGAGAGGCUUGUUCCAAUGGCAGAUCUGAUGCAAAGACCCCAAGUCUCCCGCAAACAAGGCAGAGAGCAGUUCCAAAUGGAUAUGUACCGCCCCCUACAGCUGAUGAGGUAGAUCGAGACCCCCUGCCCAUGGACGACAGCGCGUACCACAACCCCCACGAGCUCAAGAAGUUCAACAUCAAGAGGUCCAAACUGGUCCUGGACGAGGUGGAGCUGGGGUCUGGAAACUUCGGCUGCGUCAAGAAAGGAGUCUUCAAAACAGACAAGGGUCAGAUCGACGUGGCCAUCAAAGUGCUGAAGAGUGACAACGACAAAAUGGUGAAGAACGAGAUGAUGCGAGAGGCAGAGAUCAUGUACCAGCUGAGUAACCCCUACAUCGUCCGUAUGCUGGGCCUGUGCGAAGGAGAAAACCUCAUGUUAGUCAUGGAAAUGGCCGCCGCUGGACCCCUCAACAAAUACCUUCAAAAUAACAGAGACAGUGUGUCGGUAGAGAACAUAGUAAACCUUAUGCAUCAGGUGUCUGUGGGGAUGAAGUAUCUGGAGGAGAAGAACUUUGUGCACAGAGACCUCGCCGCUCGAAACGUCCUGCUGGUCAAACCUCACUACGCCAAGAUCAGCGACUUUGGCCUGUCCAAGGCUCUCAACGCAGACGAGAGCUACUACAAGUCUCGCAGUGGAGGAAAAUGGCCUCUGAAGUGGUACGCCCCUGAGUGUUUAAGCCACCGCAAGUUCUCCAGUAAAAGUGACGUGUGGAGCUUUGGCAUCACCAUGUGGGAGGCCUUUUCUUAUGGAGGAAAACCGUAUAAGAAACUGAAAAACCAGGACGUGCAGGACUUCCUUAAAAGUGGUCAGAGAUUGGAGCGUCCAGCUGUCUGUCCAGAGAAGAUGUACUCACUGAUGUUGGAGUGCUGGACCAUAGAACUUGACAAACGCCCUGACUUCAAGAAGGUGGAGGAGAGCAUGAGAUCCUUCCAUUUCUCCAUAUCGAAGCGGCCUCAGUCUGGGGAAGCUGCAGCAAAAACCAACUAGACCCAGAAGACAAGGCCCAUACUGUCCCUGAUCCACAAAGAGCCUUUUAAACAGCUAUUAACCAACUAAAACAAAGAGCUACUAUGAGAGAAGCGCAUGCACCAGAAUCUGACACAGUUCAAAUGCAUAAGCAGGACUCCACAGCACUGGACUCAAUGAGACACAGAGACUUCUGACUGUCUCAUGUCUAUGGGCAAAAGGAUCAUUAAUCACAUUAUUUAAAGUUGUUUAUUGCGUUUUAUUUUUGUGAAGAUGGAUACUGAGAAAAAAAAAUGUCAAGGAGGAAUACCAGUCUACACGUUACAAAGCCUUCAUGUCGUCAUGUAUUUAAGAAUUUGAACAUUUUUGGCUUUUUUUUUUUUUUGCAU